UCAGUUAAUUGCCAAUAAUUACAAAUAUAAGACUGUGACUUGUCAGUUUUUCGUAAUUUAGUCUAGAACUUUGUUUAAAACGUUACAAUGGCGUACUUUGGAAAGGUUUUCACCUUGGAAAAAAAUGAAAAUUUUGAGGGAUUUAUUAACAGUUUAGGUUUGCCAAAAGAAAAAGUAGACAGCUACGUGAUGUCCAAGUCUUCCCAAAAGAUAGAGAAGGAUGGGGAUGGUUACAUUAUUACUUCUACGACUAGCCUGGGGGUUACAGAAAUGAAAUUUAAGCCGGGGGUGGAAUUUGAUCAACAAUUAGUUCCUGAGAUAGUAACAAAGAAUGUAAUUACUGUUGAUGGCGAUAAGUUUACCCAAGUGCAGAAGGCUGGUGGCAAAACUAUCACAUAUGUUAGAGAGUUCUCUCCAGAUAAUUUGGUCGUGACAAUUACUUCUGACUUUUGGGACGGCGUAGCCAAGAGAAUCUACGUAUAAGUUACUAAUAUUUACCAAAGGAAUACUAUUUGUUGUUACUUAUAAUGUAUAUUGUUAUUAUUAGUAAUAUAAUUGUUAAUUCAUAGAUACUCCAAUUAACAAUUCCAACUUGCCGUUUCAUUAAAAAAAUUUACAGUUAAAUCAAUUUUUUCCAAAAUUUCUUGUUGCUAUUCUAUGUUCAGGUAUUUUAGCUCUACUUGUUAAUAAUUUAUUUUUAAUUAUUUGAACAUAUUAUGGAAAUUGUAUUGAAAUGCAUUGAAGUUGAGUGAAACCUUA